AUGCAGGCCCACGACAACGAGAAGCAGCAGUUUGCUGUCGCUGGCGAGUCGCCCUCCGACCACGGUGUUGGCGAUAUCCACGACACAAAGGAUCAUGCCAUAAAUGAGGCUGCCGGUGUCUACGGAUCGGCCCAGCGCGCCGAAGAAUACGGAUACGUGCAGCGAGGUCUCAAGUCUCGUCACAUCCAAUUCAUCGCUCUCGGAGGAACCAUCGGAACCGGUCUCUUCUUGGGUAUCGGUGGUGCCUUCGCCAAUGCUGGUCCCGUCUCUGUUCUCCUCGGUUACACUAUCACUGGUGUCGCAGUCUUCGGUAUGAUGCAAUGUCUCGGAGAGAUGGCCACAUGGCUUCCUCUACCCGGUGCUAUCCCCCAGUAUUCCGCUCGUUACGCCGACCCUGCUCUUGGUUUUGCCGUCGGUUGGAACAACUGGUACAACAGCUCCAUCACCCUCUGUGCCGAAAUCUCUGCUGCCGCCCUGUUGAUCAACUUUUGGGACACGGAAGAAAAAUACAACCCUGCAAUCUGGAUUACCCUCAUCAUCCUGCUCAUCAUCGGCCUGAACAUCUUCGCGGUGUCGAUUUACGGAGAGGCCGAGUUUAUAUUCGCUUCGAUCAAAAUCAUCACAAUUCUAGGUCUCCUGAUUGCCGGUUUGGUCAUCAUGUUGGGCGGUGCUCCCGACAAGGACAGACGCGGCUUCCGGUACUGGAAAGAAGGUGCGAUGAAGGAAUACGUUGGCACGGGCAAUACCGGACGAUUCACUGGUCUCUGGUCCACACUCGUCAACGCAGCUUUCUCGUACGGUGGUGUUGAGAUGGUCGCCGUUGCCGCUGGUGAAGCUGCCAACCCCCGCAAGAACAUCCCCAAGGCUGUCAAGCGUGUCUUCUGGCGUAUUCUCUUCUUCUACGUCCUCGGUUCCUUCGUCAUCGGAACUACUAUCAGCUCCAACGACCCCCAGCUCACUGCUGAUGGUGCCAAGGGUGCGCAGAAGUCUCCCUGGGUCAUCGCCAUGAAGAAUGCCGGUAUCCCCGUUCUGCCCCACAUCAUCAACGCUGUUAUCUUGACAUCGGCCACAUCAUCCGGCAACGCCUUCUUGUACACUGGCUCCCGUUACCUGUUCGGUAUCGCACAAAACAAACAGGCUCCUCAGUUUCUCCUCAAGUGCAACAAGCAGGGUGUUCCCAUCUACUGCGUUGCAGUCACAGCCUCCAUCUCUUUGCUCACUUACAUGAGUGUCAGCACUGGCGCCAGCAAGGUGUUCGCGUGGUUCCAGAACUUGGUCACAAUCGCCUCGCUCUUCACCUGGUGCUCCAUCUGCUACACAUAUGUCUGCUUCCGCAAGGCUCAAAUCGCCCAAAAUGUGGACCGCAACGAGCUGGUGUUCCGGAGCAGGUUCCAGCCAUACACUGCAUGGGCCGCUUUUGUAUACUUUGCUCUGAUCAUCUUCUUCAACGGUUUCAAGGUCUUUACCAAGAAGAAUUGGGGCCCAGACGAGUUGACCGACUUCUUCACCGCCUACAUUGGCAUUGCCAUCUUCGGUCUCCUCUUUAUCUUCUGGAAGGUCUUCAAGCGCACCAAGCAGGUCAACCCGGCCGAGGCUGAUAUCUGGAGUGGAAAGGCUGCACUUGAUGCCGAGGUUUGGCCUGAGCAGAUCCCGCGUAACGCUCUGGAGAAGUUUUGGUUCUGGCUUUGCUAGUCGAAUGUUGUUAUAAUCGGUUUUGUAAUGUCGAUAUUGGGGGUUGUUCCUUUUUUCUCUUUGCACGAGAGUUAUGAAUAGAUGUGAUAAGCCUUGAGCUGUGGGACACGAAUCAAUACAUGUAUGUACUCCAUGCAACUACAGAUGGUAAUGUGAAGAACGAAGGAGAGCUUC